CAAAACACUCUUAUGUUAGAUCCGUUUGAACAGAAAAAAAGACAAAUUCUUCAGGACAUCUCUGGAGACAAAGAUUCUAGUAAGGAUCUUUCUCCCAAAGGAACUAUUGACGAAAAAUGCAUUCCUAUCAUAGAUCUUAUCAACAGUAAUAAGGAUAUGGUGACAACCUCAUCCUGCUCCGGAAGAGUGAGCGUGUUUAUAGAAGGAAUCAAAGACCACACGAAAAUUGGAUCAAAGGGUAACGAGGGAAGAUGGUUAUAUGUCAAUCACAGUCCAGAUGUUCACAACUGGAACGCCAAUUUUGAAUAUGAACAAGAUCUUGAUACAUUUCCAGAUUCACCCUUGACAAGGUUUAUUCUCUACAAGUUUGAACCACUAAUUUUGCAUGUUAAGUGUCGGGACUUGGCACUGGCACAAGCACUAUAUAAGACAGCAAUGAACUGUGGAUUCAGAGAAAGCGGAAUCAACAACAACAACGUUGUGGCCAUUAGAAUCUCCAUUAAACUCGAUGUUCCUAUAGGGUAUUUGCGUGAAGAAACCCCAGUUUUGACCGUGAAUGAAAAUUAUUUGAAGUUCAUCACCAAGUUAUCAGUGGACAGGUUCAUAGAGAACUUUAAGAAGCUCGAUCAACUAUACCAGGCCAUAGAAAUUUUGAAUAAUACUGUUGAGGUGGCAGAGGAGCAGAAAGAAACUAAAGACCAGAGAAGACAAAGGAAGAUUGAGGAAGGUAUGGCUCGUAGGGACGGAGUACGGCUCGCAAAAGAACAGAAGAAGCUCGAGAAGCUAGCAUUACAAAACCAGAAACUGUAGAAUAAUAGAAAUAAGAUAUUUGACACAACGUCAUGAGUCAGUAUGGUGAGUCUU